GUUUAAUAAACGAAUGAAGGAUAAUAUAUUAAAAUGUGAAUUUUGAAAAUGUCGAAAUCGAAUAUAAUAAUUGCCAAUCAUAUCUGAUUGCAAGCUAACUUCACUAGUUCAGAACAGUUAAAGAGAAGUCACGAGAAAGCUAUUAUUGGCUGUCUGUUCACUGUCUUUUUUCAUUCUUCAUUUUCUGCAUUGCGAAUAUACAAGUUAAACACAUUAAUAAAUGUAGGGAUUAUUGCAGUAGAAAAUUUGACAUGACGUGUGUAACCGCAAAGAAAUGGAUUGUGAAGUCUAGUCUUUCCUAAGAGAUAAGAUUAUAUCCGCAUUAUUAGUUCAUUGUAUAGUUCUAAAUUGUUCGAUAAAGUUAACUUUAUUAAGUACACGAUCUCAAAAAUGUCUGGUUUUGAUGAGAAUCCAUUUGGAGAACCUACUAUUCAUGAUCCUUUUUCGGAUCCAGCAAUAAAAAGGGCAGUUGCUUCAACACCUGUUAGUAAAGGCCUUGAAGAUUACAAUCCUUUCUCUGAGCAAACAGUAACGCAAGGAACUGCACAAGUCAGAGGUGCAUCAAAUCCUCCUAUUUAUGGGGGAAUAGGUGCAACACAGCAACCAGCAACACUUCAACCUUCAACCUUUCAAUCAACCUUUCGAGCAGAAACUCCACCACCUCCAUAUUCGCGUAUUUCACAGCAAACAGUGAAAAUACCGCCUACUGUACAGGAAACAGUGCAUACUCCACAGCAAACAGGGAAAGGAGUGCUUGGAAGUACAUCACCACCUUCUACAGAGCAACAAAGAAGUGGUGAAGAAUGGAAUGCAAGGAGAGAAGAAGAGACGAGAAAUAAUACUUCAUAUUUUCUAAGGCGAAAUAAUUGGCCACCAUUACCUAAAAGAUGCUGUUUUCAACCAUGCUUUUAUCAAGAGAUUGAUGUAGAGAUUCAGAUUGAAUUUCAAAAAAUAGUGAGACAAUUGUAUUAUUUAUGGAUGUUUCAUGGUUUAAUAUUGUUUUUGAAUGUGAUUGGUGGAUUUGCCUUGAUGUUUCAUAGUAAGGAUGUAACAACAUUUGGUCUUAGUAUCUUGUAUCUUAUUCUGUUUACACCAUUUUCAUUUCUGUGCUGGUUUAGACCUGCAUAUAGAGCUUUUAAGAAUGAUAGCUCUUUCAACUUUAUGGUAUUCUUCUUUGUCUUCUUCUUUCAAUUAAUUGUUACAAGUAUACAAGCUAUCGGUAUACCUGGAUCAGGCACUUGUGGAUUAAUAACAGCUAUUACUGCAUUUAAUUCAUCUGCAGCAGGCAUUUUUGUUGGAAUUUUAUUACUUCUCAUUGCUUUUUGUUUUAUCAUAGCAGCUGGUGGUGAUCUUCUCUUACUUACCAAGAUUCAUAGAAUUUAUCGGUCAUCGGAUGCAAGUGUAUCGAAGGCGCAACAAGAAUUUGCUACAACUUUUUUGCGUAAUGAACAUGUCCAAAAUGCUGCAAGUAAUGUAGCAUCUACUGCUGUUCGUGCACAAAUGAGUAAUGCUGCUGCUGCUGCUACUGCUCAGCCACGUUAUUAAGGACAUCUUAAAUUAACUAAAUCAUCAUUUGGAUAGUAAUUUAUUAUCCUGCCUUCAUAUCAUAUUUGAAAAUUCAUAAAUCUUUUAAGUUUGUUUGCAUGUUAUUAUUCUGUUAUUAUUUCAUUGAAUUCAUAUUAGUAUUCAUUGUAUUACAGAA